AACAAAAGUAGCGUGCAAAUGUUUUCUCCUUAAAAAUAUAAUUUUUAUUUUUUUCCAUAAACAGUGUGCAUUUAUUAGUAUUUAAAAUAUGGAUGGAAUCAGCUUCGAUUCCUUGACCUACCUGUCGGACGAUUCUUUCGUGAUCGAGUGCAAUGACGAUUUUGGCGGAAUUUGCGAGGACAUAGUACGAUUAGCUAGUGCAUCGCAUUUCGUUGACCAUUUGAAUCCUCUGGACAUCGUACCAGGAAACGACAGUCCUCCCAGCAAUACUUACUACUCAUCCGUAAGAUGCUUCGACAAGGAGAUGCCAUCGCUAUUUUCCGAUAUGGAGUACCUGACGGAGGUAUCUCCCGAGACGGAAAUGGCAAUCGUACCGACGCGGAAUGUUCCCCUAGCAGUGAAUCCUAGUGAAUUUUCCUGGACGCGAAAGGAAACGAAACCCGAAGAAAAGACUGACGCAACUACGAGGCUUAUGGAACAACCCACUGCCACCGAGGAGGCCAAUGCAACGGAAACGUCGCCUGCUAAUAAUCGAUAUCUCAGUUCCACCAACUAUAGGAAAAUACUUCAAAAUUACAUUCAAAAAGGCAAACGAAAGUUAGAGGCAAGUUCCUAUUCCAAAAUGAAGGCUACCGUGGUGAGCGUGAAGGCUGGUACCACCUCUACCUCUCUGAUCGAAACCGUUACGUGCGCUUCUUAUGGUAAUCUCCAAAGCUCCACUGCCACCGGCAGUAGGUCAGUUCGGGAACCGGACGUUCGAUUACUACCGGAACCUGCCCCUCUACCCAACUACCGCUGCCUGGACUGUAAUUCUUGCUUUCUGUCGGUGGAACGACUCAAGAAACACACCUGCAUCAUCACGGAACAGUAUCAGUGUCAGCUCUGUCGACGGGAGUUCCGGAAGCGGAAAACCCUGGAGCAGCACAUCAAAUCCCAUGACAAGGUGUUCUCUACCGAUGAAGAUCUGCGAAAGUGGUGAAUUGGUUUCAGUUUUAGAUAGUUUGUACUUUAUGUCUCCGAAUAAUGCUAAAAUAUGUUAACAUGAGGCUGAUAAAUAUAGCUGAUUUUAGUUGUUGCGUUGUA